AAUUUCUGUUUUCACUAAGUGGAUAGUAACCUAUGCCUAUAAAUAUAGUUUCCGUUCUUGUUCAUCCAAGCUUUUAGUUUUAGUCUUAUAUCUAUUCUACAAUCUAUUAUAGCCAUAAAAAAUGAAGUUGCAGGUGCUCUACUCGCUCACCGUUUUUCUGCUUGCUUUUAUAGCAAGUACUCAUGCAGCUAUAUCUCCGAAGGUUUAUUGGAAAAUAAAAUUGCCUAACACUCAAAUUCCCAAAGUGAUCAAAGAUUUCCUUCCCCAAGCAGAGGAUGAGACUCGCACAAAGAAGAAAGUAUACUACGGUUUACACCAACAUGGAGCCUGGAUUUUCCAUGCUGCUACUGAUGAAGAGAUUCGGGAGAUAACAAAUGAAAGCCCUACCCAGAGCGAUCAUCAAGAUAAUUUUCUUUACAAACCUUAUUUCUUUGAAAAGGAAUUGGAGAAAGGAAAAGUCAUCAACUUUCCCUCUCUGAAAAAUAAAAACGAAGCACCAUUUUGGCCUCGCGAAUUUGUGGAAUCAAUUCCCUUCUCGCCGGAAAAAAUCCCUCAAAUUCUAAACCAUUUUUCUAUAGAUAGCAACUCAAAGGAUGCUAAAACAAUCGAGGAAACAGUCAAAGUUUGUGAAGAGCCAGCGAUGAAAGGAGAGAAGAGAAAAUGUGCAACUUCUUUAGAGUCUAUGGUAGAUUUCGGCAUAUUCAUGCUUGGAACAAACAAUAUUCGGGUAGUUACAACAGAGGUACAAGGGGAAAAUCAAAUGGUGCAAAAAUACACCAUUAAAGAAGUUGAACUGAUAGCUGAUGGGACUAACAUGAUAUGCCACAAACUUAAUUACGCAUAUGCAGUGCAUUUUUGCCAUGGCGGACCAGGUACAAAGACAUAUGUGGUAUCUAUGAUUGGUGCUGAUGGAACAAAGGUUAAAGCAGUAUCAAUAUGCCACGAAGAUACAUCUCUUUGGAAUCCCAAAGGAUUGCCUUUUGUAGUGCUUAAGGCUAUGCCCGGAGAUCCCUCUAUUUGUCAUUUUCUUCAAGAUGAUCAAAUCGUUUUUCUCCCUUAAUUUGAAAAAGCCUAAUAAGGGUAUGUGUUAGUCUGGUGUUUACAUCAAACCAACAAUUUAAAUUUAGCAGUUUAGAAACUAAAGUUGAAGCGUUAAACGUGUGUAUGAAUUAAAAGACAUGUCUCGCAUUCAUAAGUUUAGUAUCGAGUACAGUGAGUGCACAUAAAUAUGUACCUGGAUUGCCCUUAAAGGAUACUCCUGUUAUACCCUUUCUGGUACUUGUUUUUUUUCUGUAAUGUUUUAUCAUAAUAAAUGGAAAUGAUUUCUGGCUUCAAGGUA